UUCUGCUUCACUUUUUUUCUCCAUUUCCUUUCCUCUCUUUUAAUUUCUCCCCAUCUUUUUUUUUUAAUUAUUUUUGCAUGUUUAUUUAAUUUUCUUUAUUUUGAAUUAAGUUGUUCAUCAAAUCAGCCAUGGCAAUGAGAGAUUACAGAAAAGGAAACUGGACAGUAGAAGAAACCAUGAUUUUAAUAGAAGCAAAACAGAAAGAUGAUGAAAGAAGAAAGUUAAGCAGAUCAAAAUCAGCUGCAUUUACACCCACAGUAACUUCCUGUUCUUCUUCUUCUUCAGGAAGCAAACCAAUAACAGAAUUAAGAUGGAAAUGGGUUGAAGAAUAUUGUUGGGGAAAAGGUUGUUUUAGAAGUCAAAAUCAAUGUAAUGAUAAAUGGGAUAAUCUGAUGAGAGAUUAUAAAAAAGUUAGAGAUUAUCAAAAGAAUUAUCAACAAAAUAAAGAUGAAAAUAUUGGUCUUAAAUCUUAUUGGGAUAUGGAUAAAAUUCAAAGGAAAGAUAAGGGUUUACCGACUAAUAUGAUAGCUCAGAUUUAUCAAGCUUUAUCUGAUGUUGUUGAGCGUAGUAGUGCUAGUUCUACACUGGUUUCUACGGCGGCGGAAGCGGCGCAGUUUUUUCUGCCGCCGCCGUCUACGGUGGUGGAAAUGUUACAAACUUCUCCAUCAUUGCUGCCCUCUACGGCUGCAAUGCGGUUGUCUUCUCGGCGGUUACCACCGGGAUUGCCGCUAUUGCCUCCGGUUUUUCAGUCGGCGUCUGAACCGCCCCCGCCUUUGCCAACAGCUACAUUGUUCGAAUCUGAAACAAGUGAGCAUUCACAACAAGUAUCACCAUUAGCUAAGAAGAGAAGAAGAGAAGAAGGUGGUGCAAGAGAAGUACCAAGUGGUGCCGAAACACUACCGCCGCCGCCACCACCACCACCGCCUUCUCUGUUGCCACAUACGGCGGUAAGUUCACUUGAAGAAGUAAGCUCAGCCAUUAGUAGAAGUGCAACAUUGAUAUCAGAGACAAUUCAGGAAAAUGAGGAAAGAGAAGAAAGAAGACAUAGGGAGAUGAUGAACUUACAAGAAUCAAGAUUAAGGAUUGAAGAAUCAAGAUUAGAGAUUAAUAGACAAAGUCUUAAUAAUUUGACUGAUGCAAUUAAUAGGCUUGCUUCCUCCAUUUUCAAUUGGGCUAAUUCUCAACAAACUCAACAUGGUCCUCCCUAAUUAUUUUAUUAAUUAUUUCAACGUCAUUAAAUAACUCGAUGAGAUUUUGAAUGAGUAAAUUUCAUCAAAUGACUGUUAUUAUUAUUUUAAAGAAAAUUAAAAUAUACAUAAAUUCAAAUUGGGUUCUCAACUUUCUUGUCUGUAACCCAUUUUUCAAAAUAACAAUGGAUGUGCAUGAUGAGUAGUAUAGACUGAUUUUUAAAAUUAUAAUUUUUUUAUUUGUCUUAAAGUUGUAUGUUCUAUUUUUAUGA